GCCUUCCGUAACCWGCAGAGUCGGGCUUGUCGGCGAGGCGCGUCAUCCAUCCACCCUUAAGUUGACCGGGUUGCGUUGGUUGUUCGAAUCGGAAAACGUGUUGGUCGGCAGCGUUCAUUUCCAUGUGCACCUUGAGGCGGAAGACUUGGUUGUUUCCCAUACCCAUAAGAUUCCAAGUGGGAUCGUUAGGCUGGGUCAUGUUCGAUUCAUCCCAAGCACGGCACAUUAUCUCCUUGCAUCCAACAAGGUCGGCAACCUUCAGCUCGAAAUCCCACCAGGUCCAACACCAGUACAUGCCAUGGUCUGUGGGUUCUUCCUUGCGGUCCAAGGUUGCAAGGUUCCAGUUCACACCACCAUCGGUACUAACUUCAACACGGGUAAUCAUUCGACCACCYCCAGUGUAAGCGUAUCCAGACACAUUGUAUGUUUUAUCAAUGUUCUUUGCGAUAGGAAGCUCUUCGUUAUGAAGAGGAGAUGCCAUGGCAGAGUUGAUAUUGAGCUCAUUGAAGAUGUAUUCAGGUCGGUACCACCACUCUUCCUUCAAGGACUGUUCUGCUGUUACAUGGGGAGGAAGGAUGCGAUUAUCGUGGUAGUGAUAGUGGUUCUUGGUUUCAUGGGGAAUGACAUUGAUUUUCUUGAGCCACUUGAUCAUUCGGCCACCAAUGUAACCGGGAAUGAUGAGGCGGACAGGGUAACCGUGAUCGGGCUGCAACUUUUCACCGUUUGCUUCGUAAGCAAUGAUGAYAUCAUAAGCAGGGUUCAUGGCACGGGUGAGAGGAAUGGAGGUACCGUACUUCACUUGCUUUCCCCAUGGUUCGUCCUUGAAAGGACCUGGGCCAACCUUGUUGGGAAGAUCUUCGACACCGAURAACUCGACAUGUUGCCCCCUCAUGUUAGUCUCUUUGACUCCUGCAGCGAGAAGCAAGUCCCGCAGCAUGACACCCUUCCAAACGUUCGUGGAGACACCACAAGGACCCCAGUUGAAUCCGAUAGUCUGACGCAUCUGGUUCUGCUCUUUUCUCCUGUUUCCAGCACACACGAGCGUGACAGGAAGUUCUCUUGCCGGGGCAAGUGCUACGAGUUCGUCCAUGGACAGUUCCAUGGGUUUCGACACACCGRRUCCACCAAUUUCGAUGGUGUGUUCUUCCCAGGUCAAKCGCGGACAGGCACCAUGGUUGCGCACGUAGUGAAGAGAAGACGGCGUAAGAAAWCGUGUCUUGCGCAAUUCACUCAUAGGGGGUUCCACAUUGAAAGGAUGGCGACCCGUCAAUCGCACCAAACGUCCAUCGCGUGGGAGCCAUUCAUCAGGAGUUCCUACAUCGCGGUGGUCAGGGAACUUUUGCAGAUCCAUAUACGACGUAGCUUUCGCGAUUUCUUCUUUCGGGGGGGUUUUCUCAUCUUUAGAAAUGAAUGGGACGGGGACCGCGUUGGGGUAAGGCCCGUACUUCUUAUUCAGAUCGUCUGUGUCAACUUGUGCCGUCAUGGUAUCAGCGCAUUUAGUUUCAGCUUGAGGAGGCAUGCUAGACUACAAACGUAUUUGCUUGUGUGUUUUGAAUUWUAUGGACAAUGCGGUGAGAGAAGUUCCGAGGUGGUGUUUCGGAAGUCUUCUUCGUUGAAUUAUGAAGGCUGCUACGGAGAGGAAGUCCUCACUUCUCUCCCAGUCGUUCUCAAAUUUUUUUGACACAAUUCAGUGRGUUUAGAAUUACUGUGCAGAUAGUAGAAUUUAGAACCCGGAAUUUUAACACGAUCUGUACUUAAUGGCCAAACUUCCAGAAGCAGCAAAGCUUUGCUUCGUCAGUCCAAAUUGAGUUUUCGAGCAAAAGGAGGGAGUUUUGCGUAAACCCUAUUUCCUGGCGAAGGGACUACUAGUACCGUAACUUUUUUUGUUUCUCAAAAAUUCUAGGGCUAUUGUCUUAAAAAUUGAAAGUUCCCGCAGACAGGUUGCAGAAGAGAAAUGUGACAGGAGGGUUUCGACCAAACCAUCACAACCUUUCUUGGUUUCCAACAGAUGAUGCGCAACUUCCUGUAACUUGUCGAAAUUGACCWCGUGACGUCUCAUGUAAGUGGAAUAGCUCUGGUAUCACAGAAACCCAAGUUCGGGUUUUACUUUGAGAGAGCUCCGGUAUCGCGCGGCCACCAGUACAGAAUUCGCGCAAAUAGUAUGUUUUUCUUAUCCACUCUUCUUUGAACACAAUCUCGAGUCACCAACUCGUAGCCAUCCCUACUGUACGAGCGUACGGUGUCAUACGUACUCGUACCUCUGAAACACUGGCAAGUUUUUCUUCRAACGUACUUCGAAAUACUAAUUGAGAUUGAGAAAGCAUCGGAAGCAUCAUCGUCAAUCACGGCAACGCAAAAAGUAGAAAACCAGCUAAACUCCCUUUAUUACGCAUUUCGGUAGGUCGUAGACAAGGGUCUAAAAUAUUUUGUUCUCUGGUACAGUAGUACGUAGUGAGCUAGAAUCAGACUACCGGUAUAACAUGAGCUAAUCUGAUGACCACAAUUUCUUCUAUUAAAAAAAUUUGAAAACCAUGCAUUCCAAAGGACAGUUAACGCCUUUGUACGACGGGAAUGUUGACCUUCUGUGCAGAAAUCCUUUUACGACUGUUACAAUAAAUUAAUUCGAUUUCCCGUGCAAUUGUCCCUUCAAUGCUCAAUACGUGAACCGUAACUCUAUUGUCAAGACUUUUGCUGUAGUUCUUGUAAAAUAAUGGCUUCAUCGGAAACCGUAAACCAUACCGUACAUUGUCGACGUGGUUGAGCCGAGGGUUUGUCGAAAUCAUGGGAGGAAAAAAUUGGUCCAUGUCAUUGUUCAAAAAAAGUAUCGAUAUUUUCGAUUUUACUGUCAAAAUUCUAUGGAAGUAUUUGAAAUUCUCAAGUUCCUUUACCUGGGCAUUUGUUUUUCUUAGCAAGACGCGUAUCACAACAUCGUCGACAAGCCAAACACCACCCAUUCUAGUAUUCUGGAAAAAGAAAAAAUGCCGGAUAAAAUCUAUUUUUUCAGUGCAAUGAACUUGCAUCGUCUUUUAUCCACCGAUUAAUGUCAUUGGUCUAUUUUCGUCAGAAUGGGCUUGCAAGUCUUCCAUAUCUUUGUGGCCACCCAGUUUGAAAUUCUUCCGUUGGACAGAAUAGUGAAUAAUUUUUUGCAGCAGUUCAUCUGAGCCRCCCUGACGCAUCAGAUCCCGCAAACUGACUUCAGUCUUUCCGAACAGACACACCUUCAGUUGGCCAUCAGCAGUGAGGCGCAGUCGGUUGCAAGUCCCACAAAAAUGCUCGCUCAUGCUAGUGAUAAAUCCGACUCGUCCCAUACUUUUGCUCGGGAAGUCUUGGCUCGGUUUCAGUCUCCACCAUUUCGUAGUAUCGUUCGGGCCGUCCUCUUCUCGUUCUAAUCCUUUGAUUUGCUCUUGCAUUUGACGGUAGCUUAGAAAAUCAUCAGUCCCCCAUCGGUUGUCGUUGAAUGGCAUGUAUUCGAUAAAACGAAURUCUACUGGCAUUCUACGUGAUAAUUCGACGAAAUCUUGGAGCUCGUCCGCAUUUUCUGGCAUUACAACACAAUUAAUCUUGGUCUGAUUCGGAAGGUAUGCGGCACAGUCUCCAAUUGCCUGCAUAACGCGAUCAAAAUAGGUAGCUGGUCGACGGGUCAAUUUUGCAAACUUAUCGGGUUUCAAGGAGUCCAAACUUAUGUUUACGUGUGUCAAUCCAGCAUCCACCAAAUCCGGUAAGUUCUUGGAAAGAGUAACACCAUUCGUUGUCAUGCCAAUUUGUUCGACAGGAUUUUCYAAUUCAUUAAGUUUGGCCACGAGAUCGACGAGAUUCUUCCUCAACAAUGGCUCCCCUCCAGUCAGACGAAUUUUGUUGACACCCUGACGAUUGAACCAGGUAGCAAGCUUCAUAAUCUCUGCGUUGGUAAGCAAAUUCUCAGCGGGUUGGAGCGGUACACCAUCUUCAGGCAUGCAGUACUGACAUCGCAAGUUACACCGUUCGCUCAAKGAUAUUCUCAAAUAGGAAUGGUGUCUGCCGAAUGUAUCUGUUAGUGGCUCCUUCGGAAGAGGGACCGAAUCCAAUUUUUCAAUCAAUUCGUCAAGACUAUUUCGUUGUUUUGUGUCUUCAUCUUCGACUACCGACGAUGAGGGUUUCUGCAUAAUACUUUUYUCUGUAUUUUUCUUUAUCCCGAAGGAUUGCAGUGUCAAUGGUGGGUURUUUCUCUCCUUUCGUAGUUGGCGUCGCAGGGCUUCCAAUCUAGGUUUCUGCUUUGAUUUAUGACCACUUGAUCCCGGAACAUCUUCUACGAUCAAUGCAGAUGGCGGGAUAGAAGACAAUUCAUCUAUUCGCUCCGUCGUAUUCUCUUCCUCCCUGAUUGCUGGUGCGCUCGAAAWUCGAUGCUUUUUGGCGUUCGACACUUUCACUCGUCGACAUGAUGAUAACAAAGAUGACCGAAAUGAUGCGGGUUGUAACAUAUUCAUGGUCUUUUUUUGCCAAUCAAUAUUCGUUGUCAGAAUAUGUUUCGUCGGAAAACACAUUAGACUGCAGGAAUGCAGGAAGUUGACGAACAAAAACUUUUGACGUAAGCUAAAUUUCAGUUUUUUGUUGCUGGCCCAURAAGCGUUACGUGCGAGGAGCGAGCGGCAGCAGAGGAGGAAUUGCGCGCAGAAUAUUUUAGGUCCAAAAGGCCGGACCUUUUCCAAAGGUACGUAUGUAGUACAUACAUACGUAUGUACUGUAUGAUAUUAUGAUAACAGUAUGGUACGAAUGCGUUUCUUACUUCUUCUCUCUUUUCACUUUUCAGGGUUUAGAAAAAUMAGAAAUCAGACGUUAGAUAGAGCACGGGUACGACGUCCUCGUAAAACUGUUACUACUACUACUUCAUAUAUCUGGUACUGUAUGACAAAGACUGUACUUUUACUCCUACCAGAACUCGUACGAGUACCUCUACGUACCCAGGAGGUAUUUUCCACAAAUCUUUUUUGCAAAGUUACUACGGUACUUGUACUCGUAACUCGUACCGUACGAUAGGCUUUCCAAAUCCCAAGCUUCGAGGUCGUAAAGCAAACCGGAUACUGGUACAUUUCCGUUCUAAAAAGGUUCUCUCAAACCAAACCGAAGGUCUCUUCGAAUUUUGAAGGGAUCGUGAAUGAAAAACGAACGAUACAGGUAGAAAGUCUGAAAGUUGAAAAUUCCCGACGAUGAACGUAUGACAUUCCUUUAGUGAUCAACAAUCGCAGCUUUCGAAGAAGACGGGAAGGAGGGGAAGGUAUCGCAUUUAGGUUGCUUUGAUUAGCAGACUAUCUCGCACGUCCUACGUAGUCACCGGGACGAUGGAACAAGAAACGGCUAAGAGCUCUCGUUUGUUGUCCCGUGUGUCAGAUUCCAAUAAUCACGAACGAUCAAGUUGUCAUACCAAUGAUACACCGUCAUCAACAUAUCAUUCAUUUGCAACAUCUGAUUUUUCAACCUCUGCCAGCGCAAGAAGUGGUCGCACGUUCGAUCUCCUGAACAGUGCAGACAACUUUGGGGGGAACCAACCCAACAAUUCGACAUCGACAGAAAAUGUUGAAACCUUAGUGGAAGGAUUGGAGGCCGAUAUAUCUGGUGGUGAUUAUAUUCGUUUUUUCAAUGAGCUAGAUCACAGAGGAACUGGUGGGACUACGACGACAUGGGAAGUAGAAGAGAACGUGGUACUAGAAGCUUUUCGAUUGAUGCGAUAUCAUGUGAUCAAGCGCCAGAUUUCCACCCCAGAUGUUGUCCUACUUACCGGUGAAGGUUGGGUGAAGACAAUCAAAAGCAAAUUUACUGCCUUCGAGAACAGCAAUGCUGUUGCUAUCAGUUGCCUUCUAACUUUUCUGACGCUGUCUUCUUUGCCCGGAAACUACAAGAAUUUGAUUGUGAGGAGAGGGGGGGUUGACUGUGCGAUGAAAACCCUUGAGGAGUAUUGGCAUGACAAACAAGCAUGUAGCCUCGCUUGCGCUCUGAUUCUAUCCCUAAGUUUGAACGAGAAAGAGGGUCUAAAUGCAUCCUAUAGACAGAUUGUUUCGCUUGUGAAACGAAUGGUUUCAUUGAUAUCGAGGGGUGGAUAUGGUGCAGAUAUUGCGCUUCGAGUCGUUUUUCAAUUUACAUGUCAUAGAAAGAAAUUGCCAGACACUGGAAAGUCACUCUCUCAUCUUGUCAAGAGAACAUUGAGAAAUGAGAAGAAAAACACCAUUGCAUUGUUUAAUGUAAUGAUGGAAUGCGAUGUGCGAGAAUCUACCGUGGAAGCUGCCAUGUCCUUGCUAUGGCGAUUGAGUGUGCCAAAGGACGAGUUUGAUGAUGAUGAGCUGUACCCAACUUCAGACGAUGCAAUGAGAACGAUUAUUGCGGCGAUGGAUUCGUUUAAUUCGAUCACAAUACGAGAAGCUGGAUGUGGAACACUUGCCAACAUGUUCAUCCGAAAAGGUAUCCCAGCCGAACUAUCGCAAAUGGUAUUCGUAUCUAUGCAGAGAUUCAUACUAAGGUCCGAAAGCAUCGACGAGGGUUUGGCAACAUGUGCACUUCAUGCGAUUUGCAACAUGCUGGAAAAAACUAUAAUUGGAUCGAGCCUGGUUUUGAAUGAGAGAAUAAUAGAAGCUCUWAUAUUUCUCAUGAAGAAAUAUCCCAAAUCUGAAGAAUUGAUUGAAUUCGCCUGCUUGGGAAUAGGACGCGCAGCUCGUCAUAAUCAAGGCAUCAAAGAGUCCUUGAUGGCUUUGGGAGCCUUUGAUCAAGUAAAAUGCGCUUUUGAACAAUUUGUCCUUACUCGGGAAGAUGACCCCUCGCUGGAUGUAAAGGAUGCAUCCCUUUGUGCUUUCGCUACUUUGACGGGAUGUCUCUCGGGUGCUCAAGAAGCAAUUAAUACUGGCUUGUUAGACAUUUUCGAGACACUAUUAGCUGUCGAAACUGACAGAGACUUUGCAGUUGUUUUGGACAUCAUCAUCUCAAAUACUCGAGCGUGUGUGACAAAUGAUGGAUUUCCGACGAGUCUAGAAGAUACUCUCCUACAACAGCCGCAGAUAUUUUCCAAGCUAAUGGAAAAUACUACGAACGAUGCGGAUGCCACUUCUCUCAUUCAGAGUCUACUGGGAGUUGGACAAACUCAUUUGGAAAGUGCGUUCAAUACGAGCGAUGGCUUUCCGUCUCUUCUCUCAGCUAUGGCAAGAUACUCUGACUCAGCGAAUUUUCAGGAAUAUGGAUGCGCACUCCUUGCGGAAAUUUAUUUCCAUCUCCCAUAUCCUGUGAAAGAUGUAGGAACACAGCAAGGACCAUGGGCUCCUCAAAAUCAGCGAGAGGCUUUGGUCAUCAUCCAUAAAGCUAUGAGUGCUCAUCUUGACCAAGUUAACGUUCAAAUCAAUGGRUGUCUUUCAAUUUUGAAUUUAUUGCAUCCGGUAUCAGAACCAGGUGGCAGUGCUCAAGAUCGACUGGCAAUCAGCCUUGUGAUAGAGCUACCCUACGCAGUUGUUCUCGACUGUUUGCGCUUACAUGGAUCAAAUAUCGACUUACAAAAGAGUGCAAUUCCGGCUCUGUCUGUAUCAAUAAGUGUUGCUCGAACGAAAGACUUCAAACCAUGGGCUACUCGUAUCGUUCAGCAUCUUUGCAACAUGCUAUUGCAAUUCACAGGAAAUAACCCCAUCGAAGCCUUAGUACUGGACGCGCUGGUGAUCACGCAGGAAGCGCACACAUCAGUAAAAUCUGAGUAUAGCACUUCUGAUGUCAAUACAAUACUGACCCUUGUCGGUAGCGACAGUAGCGAGAUAUCUGGUCGAUCGUCAAGUGUGCUUUCGAAUCUCCUUUCCAACGAUCUUGAGAUGAGUCGUAAGGUCAUGGAAUGCCACGGUGCAAUUGAAAUUAUCCUCUCGACUUUGGGGAUGAAACGAGAGGAACUGCGGAUACAAAUCAAUAUUUACUCAAUCUUGCAGAGCCUGGUUACUUGUAGUGCAGAUUGUGGUGUUGGAAUAGCUAAAUUGUUGGAUCAACAUAACGGGAUACACAAGUUAUGUAUGGGGAUCACAUCGCACCCUCAACACAGGAUGAUUGCGAUCACUCUCUGCAGAAUACUAUCAUCAAUCGUUUGCUAUUUGGAUGAUAAUGCAUUCGUACGCUCUCGGGACGCCAUAAAGCUCUCUCUGAUUGAAGGAUUGGAAUAUCACGUGGAGAACUCCGAUGUUGUGUCUGCUAUUUUGGAUGUUAUGUGCACGUGCUGUGAUCGUGACGAUGAUUUCAAAAAGUAUUUACUCGGAGAAAAUAGAUCGCGAAUGAUCAUCAAUACGAUGCAAUUGAGUCUAGGAUCUGUUAGUCUACAAUCGAGCGGAUGCAACCUGUUGGCGAUGCUAAGUAUUUUUGGUACCGGGAAAGAACAGAUCGGAAAAUGCGGUGGAGUUCCAACUGUCGUCAAUGCAUUGUUAGCCCAUACUGAUUCAACUGAGGUACAAAGGAAGGGAUUGAUUGCGCUAAAAAAUAUGGCUACUGCACCAUCAAACAAGCCGAAGAUAAACAAAAUGGGCGGAGAAACUGCUGUGGUAUACGCUUUAUGGAUACACUAUCGUAACCCAGAGGUGGUAAGCAUCGGUCUGUCGGCUCUGAAUAAUAUAGCAGUCGAUUCCAUCACGAGGACUGUUGCCAAGAUCAAUGACCCAGUCCUCAUGAUAGUGAUUGCGGCUAUGAAAAGUUUCCCGAUGGACGGGCAUGUACAAAAGAACGCUUGCUUUUACUUGAAGACUUGCUCUUACGUACCGGAAAAUGUACGGAUCAUGUCCGAAAAAAGCGAAGAUUUGAUUCCAUUGCUAUUACAGGCUGGUGAAAACUUUCCGGAUCAAUGCCGUGGCCGUGCGAAUGCAGUGGUGACAAAGAUUACAUCUUAUUAACAGAAUAAAUUAGUAGGACCAAGCAGCGGAAAAUGCUGAUCUAUAAUUGUUAACUUUACAUUUCUAUUCUUUACUAGUAUGCUCUGCUUUAAAUAGUUCGGAUUAAAGACGAAUUUUCUUG